AUGGAUAUUCGAACCUUGUUAAACAACUUUCAUGAAGAGUUAUCAUGCUCUGUGUGUAUGUGCAACUACACCGAUCCAAAACAGUUGCCGUGUUUGCAUAGUUUUUGCCUUCAUUGUCUGAAUGAGAUUCAACGAACGAGUGGCAGACGAGAUAAAAUUGCGUGCCCGGAGUGUAGACAGGAAUUCAAUGUCCCUGAUAAUGGAAACCUAGCAGCUUUGCCAACAAACUUUCGUAUCAACAGCUUGCUCGAUGUAUUAGUCAUAAAGGAGUGCAGCACAACUGGAGUUAAGUGUGGAAAUUGUGACAAACGAAGCAAAGAAAACCAUUAUUGUUUCCAGUGUUGUGAGUUCUGGUGCGGAGAGUGUAUCACUUUCCACAAUAGGAUGAAAGCCAAUAAAGAUCACUAUGCGCUGGCAUUGGAAGACUUUCAAGAUCAUGACUUUGAAAAUAUUUUAAAGCGGCCAACAUUUUGUGCGAUACCAGGCCACGAGAAAAAAGAAAUAGAAUUCUUCUGCAAUAUCUGCGAAGUAGCAAUCUGCAACGCUUGUGCGUUAACGAAUCAUGAUGGACACGAAAAGAUUCUUCUGGAACAAGCUGCAAAUGAGCGGAAGUUAAGAGUUAAAUCUGCAAUUGAAUCUCAGAAAAAAAGUGCUCAAACUAAGAGAAGCAAAAUCACCAAACUUGACGAAAGCCUUAGUGAAGUUCAAGAACAAGCCGCUCGUGUGAAGAGAAACGUACAAGAGUUUGCUGACAGCAUCAUUACAACCAUUGAAGCAAAGAAACAGGAGAUCUUUGAUGAUGUGGAACGAAGAACGAAAGCAUCUCUUCAAGAAAUUGGAAAGCAAAAAGAGGAAUUUGAAGAACAGGCUAGACGACAUGAAUCAGAAAUAGAAAAUACUGAAACACUUUUAAAGCGAAGCACAAGCGCUCAACUCAUGCAGCCGAACGAGCUGAUGGACAAAAUAUUAAAGGAAGAAAAUUACCAAGACGACAGUGACCGUGAUGACGAUUUUUUCCAAGAAUUUGAUUUUGUGGAGAAUCACAAGUUAUUUGAUCUCGUAAGCGUUGAACAAAUUGGUUCUCUAAAAGAAAGGCAGACAAGAGCACAACAAUCGAGAGCUGAUGGAAAAGGAAUCAGUGAGGCAAUUGUUGGACUUGAAGCACAGCUUGUUGUGACAACAAGAAACAAGAAAUGCCAACAGUGUUAUGAUAAUAAUGACUGUGUCACGCUGGAAGUUAGAAAUCGUGAAGGCGAUAACUGCACAACUGAGGUGCAAGUCCAAGAUAACAAAGAUGGUAGUUACAAGAUCAAAUACUUUGCCAAAGAAACAGGAACAUGCAGUGCAUCAGUGAAGGUUAAUGGAGAACAUAUCCGUGGCAGCCCUUUUGAGGUUCAAGUCAAACCCAGACAGUUCAGACCUGUGUUAUCGUUUGGAGAACAAAUAUUGAAAUAUCCUUGGGGGGUAGCAGUAAAUGAACAAGAUGAAAUUGCAGUGAGUGACACUGGUAACCAUAAGAUUCACUUAUUCAAGAGCGAUGGAACUCAUAUUAGGUCUUUUGGUGGAAAGGGUGCUCAGCAAGGACAGCUCAACUCCCCUUGCGGAACAGUGUAUCAUGGUGACAAUAUUAUUGUAGCUGAACAGGUUAACCACAGAGUUCAAGUGCUAAGUAGACAGGGAGAAUACCUUCGCCACUUUGGGAGAGAAGUAAGUCUUGAUCACCAACUUGACUCUCCUACUGGUUUAUCUAUUGACAGUGAUUGCAAUAUCAUUGUACCUGAUAAACUAAACAAAUUAAUUAAGAUCUUUUCCACUGAUGGUCAGUUUUUAAAUAAACUCGGCACAGAGGGCUCUUUCACUGAACCGUUUCACUGUAUUCAGCAUGACAACUAUCUUAUCGUAUCAGACAAUGGUGACCAUUCUGUAAAAAUAUUAGAUAGGAAGGGUAACUUCCUUUACAAAUUUGGGAAGCAGGGAAAUGCAGACGGGGAGUACAACAAGCCUUUUUGCUUGUCCGUGGACAAGGCAGGACACCUGUUGGUUUGUGAUAGUGAAAAUCACAGGAUUCAGGUGUUUGAUCCGAGUGGGAAGUUUGUCGCUAAGUUUGGAUCAAAAGGAAGCGGGAUAGGAAAGUUUAAAACACCGAUCUCAGCAGCAGUUCUUAGUGAUGGUAAAAUAGUUGUAUCUGACAACCGAAACAGUCGUAUUCAGAUUUUUGAAUAA